GCUUCCAAGUGAUUCACUCAAAACCAAAGACACAAACAUGAGUUCAAUUGCUUUGUCCUUCCUCUUCCUCGUUUCUAUAGCACUUCUCUCUAUUGCUACAGGCCAAGAAAGGGCCCCUCAUGGGCUUGUAUAUGAGAGCCCUGUAGCUUUUCCACCAUCAGCAUAUGACUUCUUUCAUCCCAAUACACGAAAGCCUGAAGCCAGAGACCCGUGCACUGCAUCCAAAUGUUCACCACUGCCUAUAGCUGCUCAAGUGGAAGCCACUCAAAUAUAUGAAAACAAAGCAUCAACAAUGCAAAAAGGAUGGAAAAAAAUCGGAGCUGGUGGUGUAGCUGGCAUUAUCAUUGCUGUUGCUUUUGCUGUACUGUAAAGGUCACUCGCCAAGCAAACAUGAGUCGAGCAAAUAAUAGUGUUCAAUCUCAUGCUUGGUGUGCCGUCUUUAAUUACAUCAGAAUCUAAGCUUAGAACAAGGCAUGAAUACCGUACCUCUUCACCCGAAUUCC